AUGGCACGUAACUACAGUGGGAAAGACAAGUGGCUACCAGGCAUAGUUCGAGCUCAAACGGGACCCCUUUCGUACGAGAUAAAAGUUGGUCCAAAUCGAAUUUGGCGACGUCACAUCGACCAGCUUCGAGCCUCGAGUGUGAAAGUAAAUGACCAGAGUGAUGAUACGGCUGAACCUCAUCCAGAGCUCGGAGAGACUGGCCAGAAUAUUGCACCAGCAGAAGAAAUUGUCGCAGAGCCGGAUAUCGAACUAGCCACGAAUCCACCAGUAGUGCAACAACAAGAAGCCGGUAGGGCUACAACAGGAUCUGAACAACGCUACCCAACUAGAUCACACCAACCACCCGAGAG